UUUCAAUAUGGCUUCAAAAAUGAACAAAAACAAAUUUAUUUUAUAAAACGUACUCUGUAGUAAUAUUUCGCUGCUCUGCUUCUUCUAUACAGUUUAAAGGGAUACUUCAGAAAGAUGUUUCACAAAGGAUCAAAAGAAAAACAAAGAGGCAUAGGGUUUGGUGGGUUUACAGUUAGUAGCAAGCCAAAACAACAAACUUUGCAACCAUCUCCAGUGCAAACCUCUUUUGCACAACGUACAGGGAGACAAAGAGGCCCUGGACACUCGGAAAGUGCUGUUUUUAAAAGACCGGCCAACUUUGGGGAUAACGAUAGUGAUAGUGAUGAUAAUGUGACAUAUCACAAAGAAAGUCAGGUGUAUGAACCUAAACCAAUUGGAUCUAAUAAUGAUGAGGGUGACGAUGAAGAAGAUGAAUUGGAUAAAUUUAUGGCAGGAAUUGAGCAAGAGGUAGAAAGGGAAAAGAACUUAUCAGUUGCACAACAAGAGGAAAAGGCCAGUAAAAAAAGUAGACGAGAUGAUAUUGAGGAUGAAGAUGAUCAGGAAUCAUUCUUCAGAGUAAUGAAGGAGGUUCCACUUGAAUAUUAUCCUGAUGAUGAUGAAGAAAUAGAUUAUGACAGUGAUGGUAAUCCUAUAGCCCCGCCAAGAUCAAAGAUAAUAGAACCAUUGCCACCCAUUGACCACUCUGAGAUUGCUUACCAGAAAUUUGCCAAAAAUUUUUACGAAGAACACGAGGAAAUUAAGAAAUUAACAGAAGCAGAUGUAAUUAAAUUGCGACAAAGUUUGGGGGUUAAGGUAUCUGGUGCUCAACCUCCUCGUCCUGCCGUUAGUUUUGCUCAUUUCUGUUUUGAUGAAGGUUUGCUAAGUUCAAUAAGAAAAUCUGAAUAUACAAAGCCAACUUCUAUCCAAAGUCAGGCAGUUCCUGCAGCUAUCAGUGGUCGUGAUAUCCUCGGUAUUGCCAAGACUGGUUCAGGAAAAACUGCCGCUUUCCUGUGGCCAAUGUUGGUACACAUUAUGGAUCAGAGGGAAAUGCAGGAUGGCGAUGGACCUAUAGGGUUAAUAUGUGCACCAACACGAGAACUUUCACAACAGAUAUAUUUGGAGGCAAAAAAGUUCGGAAAGGUUUACAAUAUUCGAGUGGCGUGUGUAUUUGGCGGUGGUAACAAGUACGAGCAGUCGAAGGCUCUGAAAGAAUUUCCUGAGAUUAUUGUUGCGACACCAGGUCGAUUAAUUGAUCACAUUAAGGAUAAAACUACAAAUCUGGAAAGAGUUACAUUCUUGGUUUUUGAUGAAGCUGAUAGAAUGUUUGAUAUGGGUUUUGAACCACAGGUUCGAUCCAUUGCAAAUCAUGUACGGCCAGACAGACAAACUUUAUUAUUCAGUGCAACAUUUAAAAAGAAAGUUGAAAUGCUCUGUCGAGAUAUAUUGACAGACCCAGUUCGAAUUGUCGUUGGGGAGCUGGGUGAGGCUAACGAAGAUGUUACACAGAUUGUACAAAUAUUCAACGACGGUGCAAGAAAAUGGCAAUGGCUUACCGCAAAUCUUGUACGCUUUACAUCUGAGGGAAGCGUUCUUAUUUUCGUAACAAGAAAGUUAAAUAGCGAAGAACUGGCUAAUAAUUUGAAAAAGAACGAUUUUGAACUCCUCCUGAUCCACGGUGAUAUGGAUCAAUUUGAGAGAAACAAAGUGAUCACAUCUUUCAAGAAGAAAGAAUUCUCGAUCCUUGUUGCAACUGAUGUCGCGGCUCGUGGUCUGGAUAUUCCUUCUAUUAAAACUGUCAUUAAUUACGACGUUGCACGUGAUAUUACAACUCAUACUCAUAGAAUUGGAAGAACUGGUCGAGCAGGUGAAAAGGGCGUUGCAUACACUUUGAUGACGCCAGGUGAUCAAAAUUUCGCUGGAGAUCUUGUGCGGAAUUUGGAAAUAGCCAAUCAAAAUGUUUCAGAGGAGUUACUUGAAUUGGCAAUGAAGAACGCAUGGUUUAAAAAAUCGAGGUUUAGAGGUGGCAAGGGCAAAAGAGGAAGUGGUGGCGUUCGUGAAAGACCUGGAUUAGGAGCGCCUGAAGCGGGUUCAACGUCUGGUCCAAUGGGAUCAGCUAAAAGUUUGUCCUCAUAUUCGUCAACGGUGUCAGCCUCAGCUGGGUCAGGUCCAAGCAGCAGUAGGUUGAAUGCCUUGAAAGCUGCAUUUUCUUCGCAAUACAGAAGUCAUUUUACUGCGUCAACUGCUAACAAUAAGUGGGAUGCUUCCAAAGAACAUUCAACUGUGAACCCACUGGAAGACCAGGCUUCACUCAACAAGGAAGAGAAACGCAAAGCUAAGAAGUCGAGAUGGAACUGAGAUCUUCUAUGAUGACGAGCAUCUUGUCGUUUUACUGUAAAUAUUGACGCACAACCACAUUACAUGCAGAGUGUAAAAAAAUAUAGAUGGACACUGUAAUGUAAAACACUCAAAUGAAAUUCGAAACGGCUGUAAAUUUAUGACAUUGUCUCAAGAUCCUAGGCUAUAUUAUAGCUUUUUACAGCACAUUCUCGUAAACCAAACAGUAAAAAAGAAAUGAAAUUUUGGUCGCGAAGUGCACGGGACACUGUUGCAGAAGCCUCAUUUUAACGCUGGACAACCAAAACAAGUGGUAUAAAUAAAAUCCAAGAUCCAAAAUCCACUUUGGUUAGACGUGUUCCUUAUGUAAUUAUCCCAAAGCUGUAUGUUGAGAGUUGGCUAAAUAUAUUUUGUAUAGGAGAAAUGAGGUAAUCAUUGCAGAGCUGCUCAACUCAAAAUUAAGACUGAGAGAGAGAAUAAAACUCC